AACAAAACCUGACAUGGCACAGACACUUUGUUAAAUGGGAGCUAAUCCACUGCAUGUAGUGUUUAUGUUCAUAGGAAUGAUUUCUUUUUUUAUAAGCAUAAAGUGCGUAUCUACUUGCUCAUAAAUGGAUGAUGUUCCCUGUCUUCGUGUGUCUCCUUGUCAGACACAGCAUUUCAGGUGCUAUCUUCAGUCCAGAGGGUUUUUUGAUAACCGUUUCAGUCUGGUUAAACAACCAGACGGGACAGUCCUCCUUCCCCUUUUAGCCUCCUCCCUCCCACAGCUGGAGCUUCAGGCUCUGAAAAUGUCUUCAGGUUCAGAUGUUUGUGAUUUAACCUGGAGUCAGUCUCCGCUAAAGCAAAGAAAAGAGAAGGGGAGAACAGGUGGAAAUAAACUGGAGAGAACCCUUCAAGAGCUGUUGGAGCGUCAGGGUGAAAGAUGGACAGAGGAGUUGAGGAGGGAUCUUCCUCGGGGCUUUCAGAGGCACGGAGAUCUCAUCCUGCUGGGGGACAACUGUUUUACCCUGCCUUUAUGGUCCAAAACAGGUGAUCAGUUAUGGACUGCAGUUACCAAAGCUCUGGGAGCACAGCGGCUGGCAAAGAUGAGCCGAAUAUCCAAGGAUGGAUUUAGGACUCCUGUAGUAACGAUGCUGCUAGGUGACAACAGCUGGGUCACACAUGUAGACAAUGGCAUCAGCUAUGAGUUUGAUGUUACCAAGUGCAUGUUUUCAGCUGGGAACAUCACAGAAAAGCUCCGUGUGGCUGGAUUCGACUGCAGAGGAGAGACUGUAGUGGACUUGUAUGCAGGUAUUGGAUACUUCACCCUCCCAUAUCUGGUGCAUGCGAAGGCCAGUCAUGUCCACGCCUGUGAGUGGAACCCUGACGCCGUUGCUGCUUUACAGAAAAACCUUAAAGUAAACGGGGUAUCAGACCGCUGCACCAUUCAUCAAGGAGACAACCGUCAAGUCCAGCUGUGCAAUAUGGCCGACCGUGUAAACUUGGGUCUAAUUCCGAGCUCUGAGGACGGCUGGCCCAUCGCAUGUCGGCUGCUGAAGAAGACAACUGGCGGCAUUUUACACAUUCACCAGAACGUCACCUCUCCGAUACAGAGGGCUGCUGUCAGAGACGGUACUCCUCAGGUUUCUCCAAAGAAAGCUGACAGAGAGGUGUGGCAGGCCUGGGCUGAUGAUACUGCAAACAGAAUAGCUUCCCUUCUGCAGGAUCUCUGUGGUGCACCGUGGCUAAUAAAUAUCCAGCACAUAGAGCAUGUGAAAUCUUAUGCACCUCAUUUGAACCAUGUUGUGCUGGAUUUGGACUGCAGACCAUCCUGAAUGAAUGGCUGAAAAAGCUGUACUUCCUUUUACUCAAGGGUAUCCUGUGAAAACUAAGUCUAAUUACCCUGACUCUGGAGGACUUGGGAAACACAUUCUUUCAGCUCAAACAAGCUCCUCUUAAGGAAAGCUUAUGUGUUAUAUUGAUGUUGCUGAAAGGCUUCGUUUAAAGACACAUCGUUGUUGGAAUACUCCCCAAAUCUUCUGCAAAUACCUGAUGGCUGUUUAGAACUAGACGUGAAGAUCUGCUUAAAACUCAACUGGAUUAUUAAAAUAGUUUUCUUGUUUGUGGAUGUUUUGAAUUCUCUUCAGGUAUCAUUUUUAAUACUCUUGAGGUCAAAAGAAAGUUUCAUCAAAAGGAAAGAAGAAUGAGUGAAGAUUUCAGAGAGCAGCCUUCAAGUUUCGUUGGAGUGGAUAUAAUUUGAAUCAUAUGGUGUACCCUUCAAAAUAAUCCUAUCUGAGCAUGGUCGAGUAGAUAAUGAAAGAUUUACUCCCUAAAAAGGAUUUCUCUUCUCUGUGGUUAAGGUUUGUCUGCUAAAGCACAAAGUCAGGAUUGUUACAAAGGAACAAUGAAGCAUGGACAACAUUCUGAACAUAUACGGUUUCAGUCAGAAAUGCUGCUACAUUCUUCCUUUCCAUGAAUGUCAUUAUUUUGGCCUUAAAUGCAGCAUUCAGCAAAUGUUUAUAAAAUAUGUGUAGUGGGGAAAAAGGUAUUAAACUAUGCAGUCCAGUUAAAUAAAGGAGAUAGGUGUUAAUUCACUCAGUCAGGACAUUAACAAGAUGGCAUCAUCUCCAGCUCUGCUCUGACUAUAUAAGGUUUGUUUCACUACCUGCAGGAAGGCUGUGAAGGUCUCCACAUACCGUUACUCAAAUUGCCUACAGACAUUUUAAAAAAACAUAAAAUGUUAUGAAAUAAACCCUGAGAAACAGUCUAGCUUGUUAUGAAAAUGAUUAUUUUUAUCCCUAAUAGGAUAAACAACCCCUCUCCCUUAGACACCUUGGUGCCUUGCAGCUCCGAGGCCUGAAUGGAUAAAAGUCAUUGAAAUGAAAGAUUUCAUCUAUGGAUUUUCUCUGGUCUUUACAGGGUUAGAAUUAAACAUACAAAAUGAAAUAUAAAUGCUUGGUUAAAUGUGCUCCAUGACCAGACACUACUUCUAAUAAUCAUACAUUUUCUGUCAUAUUGCUCUCCAAGGUAUUAAACAACCCGUCUCGUUUCGAAAUGGUCAACUUUCUUUGAAUUAAUUGUUAUUUGACGCCCACUUGGCUUUUAACCAAAGUCCAUUUUCCAUAAGAGUUUGUGGGAUUCUUUAUAUUCACAUAUUUAGCAAUUCUAAAUGUAGUUUUAAUCCAUGUUGGAGGUCAUUGUUCUGUUGGUACUCUCUAUUGUGUCACUCAAUUUACUGAGUGAGCCAAUUUCCUCAUACCUGUUUUUUUUUUUUACCUCAUAGACUAGUCUGAAAUUAAUGUUUAAUAAAAAAAACUGAUUUAAACCAAAAAAAGAAUUUCCUGGAGAAGCUGGGCUUUAUCUUUAAAGGGUGUCAUCCCCACUUAUAGGUUGUCAUAAGAAGCUAUGACCAAUAGUCUGAUCAGAAUACAGUUUUUAAUUGAAUGAAUGUGGCUUUAAACCAGUGAAAAUUGAAAUAAAAGAAACCCUUGGCAUGAUGCUUCCACUACUGUACCUCACUGUUGGUAUAUAUUGUUAUUUGGCACAAGAGCGUCGCCUGGAUAUGAUUUUUCUCAUCCAAAAAGUUUAUUCUUUCUCAUAUGACGAUGAUAGUUUUCCGCACAGCUCCAAAUGAGCUCUUCCAGUGACGGGAUUUUCUAUAAUAAUACGGAACAAAAAAGGAAAAAAAAAUUACACAAUGUGCAUGUCAGGGUAUUUGUAAACAAAUGCUUUAGACCUUGUAUAACAUUUGUGUCUAUGUCAACCUCACAAUUUCUGCAAAUAUAUUUUCAAUAACCAUAUAUAUUCAGUCACACACAGCCUAAUUUAAAUAAUUCUAAAACGGAGGUCACAUUUUGGACUUCAUGUUUUUGAGGGAUUGCAGAUUGUUAUAGAUGCCACCUAAAUUUCCCUCUGACCCUUUUUAAUUUAAAACUAUACAGUCAUGUUUCUAAAAGGCUUAGAAUAUGUAAUUUCAUAGAAAAGGGUAUUUUACUGAUUUAUAUGCAGAAGCAUAACUUGUGUUUUUUUAUUACUUUUAUACUUAAAAAGUGAUGCAAAGGGGUGGUGGUGAUGCGUCACCUUUCAUCAACACUAUGUUUAAGUACUGAGGAGUUUUCUACCAUGAUUACUGAUCUGGGAUUUCAGUAACAGUCCUGGGUUUAAUCUGGCAACUUCUAUAUUUUAUUAAAUAAAAAUAUGUUUUCUGU